GGGAGAGAGAGAGAGAGGCUGGCACUAUCCUUUCCUGCCCUAAUCCGUCAGCUGUCUCUUGUGUUGAUGCUGGUUACAGACACAGUAAGGAAACUUCAGACUUUAAUUUUAAGGCUACGAAUGAAUUUUAAGAUAGAUUUGUUGUGAAGCCUGGACACCAUCGAUUGGAUGUGAACUUCAGUUUGAUCUGUUCUGAAGUGAAAAUUGAAGAUCUGACAGGACUCUGGAGUACCCACCAGGACCACCACAACAGAACCUGAGACAGACACAUUACUACAUAUAUUUGCUUUUAUCUAGCAUAAGCUAUACUGCACAGCAAAUUGGGUGAAUUUGUUAGAUGUUAACAUCAUUGUUCACUAUUAACUUUAAAAGCCAGUGUUAGGUACACAGUCUCUGUAACUAAGGACUUUGACACUAGUUGGUUAGCAUAAUUUGCACUUUUUCUACUUGCUGUAAAAUUAGCUUUUAGCCUAGCAGGCCUAGUAAGCCAAAUGGCUGACCCGUGGCAAAACACAACAUACCACCAAGGAGGAGGUGACAGCUAUGGGAGUUAUGGAGAAGGUGGUGGCCAUGAUGGAUAUGGUUAUCAGGCAGACUAUCCUCUCCAAGAAGAGGAUGCAGCAAGUGACGUGACCGAAGGACAUGAUGAAGAGGAUCAAAUGUACGAAGGAGAAUAUCAAGGGAUACCACAUCCUGACGAGGUGAAGGCUGCACAGAGAGCCGCACGGGCUAAAGCUCGAGCAGCCGGCAGUGCAGUCUCUGAACUAGAAGAGUUAUCUGAACAAUACGAAGACAUCAUGGAGGACUGUGGCCACGGGAAGUUCCAGUGGACGCUCUUUGUGGUGCUGGGCCUGGCUCUGAUGGCUGAUGGAGUCGAAUGUUUUGUGGUAGCGUUCGUUCUACCAUCUGCAGAAAAGGAUCUGUGUCUCUCCAAUGCAGAGAAAGGAAUGUUAGGUUUGACCGUCUUUCUGGGCAUGAUGGUUGGAGCGUUCUUGUGGGGUGGUCUGGCAGACAAAGUUGGCCGUCGGCGCUGUCUGGUUGUGGCACUAGCAAUAAACUGUGUCUUUGUCUUCCUGUCUUCGUUCGCCCAAGGCUACGGCUUCUUCCUCUUCUUCAGGCUGCUGUCUGGCGUUGGAAUUGGUGGCACAGUGCCGAUCGUGUACUCAUACUUCUCCGAAUUUCUUCAAAUGGACAAGCGAGGAGAGCAUCUGUCCUGGUUGUGUAUGUUUUGGAUGAUUGGUGGGAUCUAUGCUUCGUUCACUGCCUGGGGAAUCAUACCCAGAUACGGCUGGGGGUUCAGCAUGGGCACGGAGUUCCAGUUCCACAGCUGGCGGGUGUUUGUCCUGGUUGCGGCUCUUCCUGCUAUUGCCUCUCUGGUUGGACUCACCUUCAUGCCAGAGAGUCCCCGCUUCCUCCUGGAGAAUGCCAAGCACGAUGAGGCAUGGAUGAUCCUGAAGCAGGUCCAUGAUACCAACUGGAGGGCCAAGGGUCAGCCAGAAAAAGUCUUUACUGUGACUCACAUCAAGGCUCCUAAAACAGCAGAGGAUGAGUUUAUAGAAAUUCAGAGUGCUACAGGAACAGCUGUACAACGAUGGGCUGUACGCUCACUAACACUCUGUAAACUGGUGUUGAGGAACGUAGCAUCACUCCUCUCUGCAGAACUGAGGUUUGCCACACUCUUCAUGGCCAUCAUCUGGUUCUGCAUGGCUUUCAGUUACUAUGGUCUGUCUGUUUGGUUCCCUGAUAUGAUCAAACACCUUCAGUAUGAGGAGUACGAGUCCAAGGUGAAGGUGUUCCAUAAAGAACGAGUGGAGAACUUCCAUUUUAACUUUUCUUUAGAGAACCAGAUCCAUAAAGAAGGGGAAUACAUCCAUGACAAGUUCAUCAGUAUAGAGAUGAAGUCGGUGAAGUUUGAAAGUUCACUGUUUGAAGACUGUCGCUUUGAAGACAUCAGGUCCACAGACACUGUGUUUGAGAACUGCACCAUCCGUUCCACUGUCUUCUAUAACACAGACCUGUGGGAGGAGAAGUUCAUUGACUGUAAGAUGGAGAACACCACCUUUGAGCACAAUAAAUAUGGCUGCCACCUGGACACUGUUGAGGAGAACGACGUUCUAAUUUACCUGGUCAGCUUCCUGGGCAGUUUGGCUGUGUUGCCAGGCAACAUCAUCUCAGCCCUCUUCAUGGAGAAGAUUGGCAGGGUCAAGAUCAUAGGUGGCUCGAUGCUCAUCUCAGCAGGCUGCACGUUCUUCCUGUUUCUGAGCUUCAGCCAAUCAGCGAUCAUUGCCAUGCAGUGUCUGUUCUGUGGCGUCAGUGUUGCUGCAUGGAAUGGCAUCGAGGUGGUGACAGUGGAGCUGUACCCUACUUCUAAAAGGGCCACAGCAUUUGGCGUGCUGAACGCUCUGUGUAAGCUGGCGGCAGUGCUCGGCAGCUCUAUCUUUGCCAGCUUUGUGGGCAUCACCAAAGUCGUCCCCAUCCUGCUGUCCUUCACUGCGCUGGUGUGUGGUGGCCUGGUGGCCCUCAAACUACCUGACACACGAGAGAGAAUCCUUCAGUGAGGUCAUGUGAGAUCCAGGGGGUGGGAGUCAUAAGGGGAGGGAGAGGCCAAAACAUACGUGCUUAUAUGUUGGAAGCUUUUCUUAUUGAUAUUGACUUCACUCUGCAUUUAAAAGAAAGCAGGAACAGCUUAUACAUAUUAAAUGUAAAUGCCAAUCUCUAAUUUUUUCAUGGAAACCAUCUCAUUUUGUACAGCGGGUAGGUGACCUUUUCACUAAUGGCACUGAUGGCAGGUAUAGGGUUUAGGUGUACACAAGUGUCAGUGUUUAAAUGGAAACUGAGAAUUUUUUUUUUUAUUUCUUAGUGAGUAAGAACUUCAAGUAAUUGUGUGAAACUGAUUUUAUUUAAAGAAAAUAUUCAUGCAACUGGCAACCUCAGCAUGACCUGAAAGUUCAGUCCCCGAGUACAACCCCAUUCUUGACUCCCAUGAUAAUUGGUAGAUGGCAUGUGGUUGCUUUUGCCUUACCAUAUCACUAGCAGUUUUUAACAUCUCAUUGCGUCAAACUAAUUAAGAGGCUUAUUAGCAAUGAAUACUGCAGCGGAGUAAAUUGAAGUCAAACAAGUAUAUAUAUUUGUAUUGAAGUCCAAAUGUUCCUCUAUUGUGCUGUAUGUUCUGCACGAGUAUUAUAACUUCUCCUCUGGAGUUCAGUCUGAUACUAAUAUCCUCCUGCCAUUAGUACAGGGAAAAGCACAUCCUCAGUUGGCUUUACUUACGCAGAAAACAUAUAUCUGUGAAAACUGUGCACAUUUACUUUUCUGUCUCCGUCUGACCUGGAGUUUUGGAUGAGUGUAUUUUCUGGACAGCAAUGUUUUGACAAGGCCCUGUUAGAAAUCAUUUGGUCUGUUAAGUGUGUUAAUGGUACUGUUUUUCUUUCUCCUUUUUAAUCAACUUACAGUUAUUUUUUACCUUCUCAUUUUUUUUACUCAUACUUGUUAUAGGCCUAAACCUUUAUUUGAAUGAUUGUACCAUCUUGUAGAAAAAACUGAAAAUCUCAGUUUAUUUGGUCUUCCUGUUUGCAGGUACAAUAGAAAUCCUGCUGUAGGACCACACACUACCUUCCCAAUGUUGAUGACAAAUAAAUGAUGAAAAUGCUUGUGAAUUGAAAAUUCAUCAUAAUCAUAUUUUCAAAUGAUAGAAUAAAUAAAACUUCCAGCAAGCAUAACUGCCAUUUAUCAUGCAGGUGGAGUACACAAAAUGAACAUGAUAGAAAAAUUAAGGCAAAUUGAAACCCGGUGCUAAGUGAAGUCAACAGAUGACAUUUGUUUGAUUUUGUAUACUACUGCAACCUCUUUUAGCAAAAAAGUGAUAACAAUUUAAUCUCUGUGUCUCUACUACAGAGAGGUGGGGAACAUGUUGAGCCUAGCUUAGCACAAAGAUAAAAAAUGAAACUGCUCUUGAAACCAUGAUGUGUAACUUUCUGUCAAUUUCUAGAUGUGUCGAAUAGAGUAAAUCCAAUGUGUGAAGAGUGCUUUUAAAAAAAAAAAAUCAAUUAAUUGAUUUAGUCUUUUACAAUUUUUACACACUAAAAUAUCUCUUCACUGACAUGAAUUGAUGUUGGAUGAACAUUUUGUAAUUUUUGUUUAAGCUCAGUAAAUAUUAGAUAGAUUCCAUUGUUCCUAUUGACAGCAGGCAUUUAGGAAUGACAGCAAUAGUUAAAAAUGGCUGAAGUAGUUCUUAAUGAAGUAGACAUGAUGUAAUGUAUCAUUAGGGCCCGAGCCCUGACAACAAGGCCCUUUUGAAACUGAUAGGAUUACUAUUAUUCUGCAAAUUAAUCAUUUUUAAGGGGCUAAAGGUGCAUAGUAAAAGUGAAAAUUUGCACACGCAUCAGAACCGGUGAAACUUUUGAUAUUGCUUGGGUGUAACAUAAUGGAUUGAUAGUGCUCACUACCAACAUUUCAAAGAAGUAGCCCUUGCAGUACGUGCACUCAGCAGAGAGUUCCUUUUUCAUUUGUGAUGGUUUUCCCCACCCUUAUACUCAAGCCACGCCCCUUCAUAAGCCAUUUGUGUAGACACUUAUUGACACAGGUGGUGGUACAAAAUUUGCAAAACAUAAUUUUCAAUGCCACACAGUCCACGCAGGAAAUAAAGUCUAACUCAUGUGCACAGCAGUGUUGGGCAAGUUACUUUUAAAAAGUAAUUAGUUACAGUUACUAGUUACUUCUUCCAAAAAUAACUAAAUGAGUUACUCUGUUACAAAUGAUACAAGUAACUAGUUACUUCAGAAAGUAACUAUUGCAUUACUUUCAAGUAAAUUUUUAAAUGCUCAAGUGUGACCCCCACCUCCAUCCCUCUUUAACAGAACUUAAAAUACAUGUGCAUGUUCAAUUAUGUAUGAUAAAUCUGAAUAUUAUAAUGAAAUUGACACUUAAUACAAUACAUUAUUAACAGAAACAAUGUACACAAAUCUAAACUAUUUUAAUGUUGCUGUGGGACAAAGUGAGACUAGCCUCCAAUCAAAUGCCAUGUAUGUAGAUAUUAUGUUUAUAUAGUGGAUCGAUACAAAUGACACAAUAGAUGUUUUGGAACUUUUGAUAUGUAUUGCCCCUCAGGCCACAACUGGGCAAAAUUAAAUUUAAAUUUAAAUUUAAUUAUGCUUGUUAAGCACUAUACCAAAAAUAAAUAACAAAUAUAUACACUCUUUGUAGUGCAAACGGAUCGGUUCUUUCUGGAGGCAUUUUGCCAGUUCAUUCCAAAAUAGUAGUUCAUCUGAGCCUGCAGCCAGUGGGACAUACUGUAUGAGAACAUUUGCACACAUUUGAGAAAAAACAUGUUACAGAUAGUUAUUUAAAGUUUGAGUAAGUUUGAAUUACUUGACACCGACGUGGAUAGGCACUUUUGCCCAGGGCAUAAUGUGCAUUUCACGAUUAAUGUGCAAUCCUUUAAUUUCUUGGAGGGAAAAGUAAUGGCUAUACUUCCAUUUAGAGAAGGCUACUUUUGGAUUAUUUGGGCUCGCCAUACCUGUCUCUCGUUGACUGACUCACUUGUGUUGUUUGUUGUGUGUCUGACUAUGCUUUCGAAAACCCGCCCAACACUACCUCUUACCGUGAAAUUUUACUCAACCUCAGCCAAUCGUCAGCAUUGACUCUCUUGAGCUCUGUUGCUUUUUUUAUUUAUUUUGAGAGCGAAUUGCCCCACAAUAUGAAUACAGUUUGAUUAUAACUUUUAUUUUGUUGGUAACCGUUGUUGUAUAAUCGCAAUAUUACACUCGAGGGUUUGAUUAAACGUCAUAUUAUUGGCACUUCAGUGAUGCUUACGGACCUCGCCGCAUCACUGUCAAGCCAAUAAUGACGUUAAAUCAAACCCUUGAGUGUAAUAUUGCUUAAAUGAUUGAAAGUGUUGCACCUUACAUAAUACAUGGCAGUGAUGAUUGAAAGAAAUUGUAACCGCUAGCUGUGGAACUAAGUCAUCCCGCCAUUUAUCCUUUCAAAUACACAUAUACAGUCACUUCAUAAUACAUUCACAUUUAUUUUAAUCACUUUUUAACUUCUUUGAUCAGUUUCGACAGUUUGGAUAAUUCCUUUUUUCUUUCUUUUUUUGGUACUUCCACCACUGAGGCUUUGCCCUCACUCUCUCAAUCAACACUCACAGAAGCAAAACUCUAAAGAAAACCAGCUUGGGUACAGUACCAGUGUGUGGAUGAUGGAUUUAUCAUUUUACUUUUCUUGUAUAGUGUGAUGUUAAAUGUGUAUUUAUUACAGAGGGGUUUGUGCUGCAACUGGUUGUGUAAAUUUCUGCAUGUUUGUCCAAUGUUUUUCUCUUGGCUGUGUUUCACUGUGUCUUCAGCAUAAUGUGUAAAUUUAAAAUGGUCUGGGUCUAGAUUGUGUUUUCAUCACAAAAAGAAACAGCAGCACUUUGACACAAUAUAUGAAUGAUCACUGGUUAGGUGACAUUACUUUCAUCAGUGAAGAGAAAUGAAAUAUCUAGGUUAAGUGUGGUGGUUCAUAGAAAUAACAAAGACAAAAAGUAAAUUUAGUCUAGAUGAGCUUUAAUUGCUGUCUAUGGCCAUUACGUCUCUCCUCAAAGGCUCCUCCAUGGCUGUUUAAACAAAAAGCUAUGCAAGAAGUUGUGUUAAGAUUGAAAAACGAGAGCUUGAGAGGGAAUUUUAAACCUUGCAAACUUUGUCACUCACUCAAUGAUCUGAUAAGGCCUUACUUUGAAGCCCACUGGCACCUGACUCAUGCAUCUUUUUUUAUUCAUUCAUAUAAUUAUAUUUAUUUGGACCUGAUGUAUGUUUCUGACAUUGAUGUAAAGCCCAGGUAAAAAAGCCAAAAUCUGUUCUUUGUUUGAAUUUAAAACAUUUUCUUCCUUUUCAAUGCUGGAUGAUAAUUUCAUCAGUGAAUAAUGUUGUAUUGUUUGAUUUAAUUUCUGUUUGUUACUGUGUGUAUUUGUGACUGUGACAAAUCCGACCAAUAAAAUGAGUUCAUCAAU